ACCUCCGGAAAUACGUCAUAUAGUCACACCGUGUUUACUAACGGCGGCUAAACGGUCGUCGGACAAAUAACGUUUCUGUCAGUAUAAAUCAGUAUUAUCAAACGAGCGAGAGUCCAAAUAAUUACGGAUGGCGGACCCUGCAGUGGUAUCGGGAGGUUCACUGAAUGCAGGAGGGCGCUCCAGUGGUGGUAAAGCAUCCACCAGCCCAGCAGAGAACUACCACCAGGCUCGACGCCGCACCCUGCAGGUGGUAGUGAGUGCCCUGCUGACAGAGUGUGGCUUCGACAGUGCAGAGAAGGCAGCAGUGGAAACACUCACCGAGAUGAUGCAGAGCUAUAUAACAGAAAUAGGUCGCAGUGCCAAAUCUUAUUGUGAACACACAGCCAGAAGUGUCCCAACCCUGUCGGACACAGUGGUCACACUCAUUGAAAUGGGUUUCAAUGUUGAUACUCUGCCUGUCUAUGCCAAGAGAUCACAGAGGAUGGUUAUAACUGCACCUCCAGUAACGAACCCCCCCGUGACUCCCAGAGCACUGUCGGCCGGACAGAAACGCACACAUCCGUCUCACAUCCCCAGCCACUUCCCAGAGUUCCCCGACCCUCACACCUACAUCAAAACACCUACGUUCAGGGAGCCUGUGUCAGACUACCAGGUGGUGAGAGAGAAAGCAGCCAGUCAGAGGAGAGACGUGGAGCGAGCACUCACACGCUUCAUGGCCAAGACCGGAGAGACGCAGAGCCUCUUCAAAGACGACAUCACUGCCUUCCCAUUGAUCGCAGCACGGCCGACCACCAUCCCAUAUCUCAGCGCCCUCCUGCCCUCAGAGCUGGAACUGCAGACUCUGGAAGAAACGGACUCAUCUGAGCAGGACGACCAGACAGACAGCGAGAACACAGCAGGAAACAACAUCACUGAUGAUCCAGGAGCCGACAAAGAGAACUCCAUGCUUCCUCCCAGUGGCGUCGUUCCCUCUGCGAAAGCCAACGAAGACAACAUGAUCGACAACCCGUACCUCCGGCCGGUCAAGAAACCCAAAGUGAGGAGGAAGAAAUGAGCCGGGACCCUCCGGACCCAACAGACUCACAUUUGCCACGGCGGUUGGUGCUUUGAGCAGUCCGGUCAGUGAUUCCCUCCACAGAGAGAGGAGCAGCAGCCCGGUGUUGAAGCCCGCUGUGUGAGGCGGGAACCAGAGGCUGCUUUUUCCUCCAUGCUGGAACCAGCACUGCCGUUCACUUUGGCACACCGACUGACUUCUAUUGAAGAUAACUCUUUUUUGUCAUUUUUGUCAGCAAGCACUCACUUGUUUAAAAUGUGUGAGAUAUCAUUUUGUAAGUAACAUCAUAUUGUAAUAUACAAACCACACAGGAAUCUCGUCAUUUUGUGAAUAAAGAAAAAUAAGUUUCUUUUUU